UUGGCACCGUUCACCCCUCUCGUCGGACAACCGAGGAUACAAACACCGGCGCACAACCACGCGCGGUGCACCCGGCUUCACUGAGGAUGAUGCGCCGUCGUCUCGUAUCGGGCUCCGUCAGUUUGCGCUCCUACUGCCGCUGGACCACACUCGCGCUCUGCCACGUGAUCGGCUUCGCCGGGCUGUGUGAGUGCCUGCGGCUGGUGCGGCUGGAUAUGCCUAGCGCGGUCAUCAGGGGCGACCCCCUGUGGCUCAACUGCUCAUUCGACCUGGAGUCGGACGACCUGUACUCGGUCAAGUGGUACAAGAACCACCGCGAGUUCUUCCGGUUUCUUCCCAGCGAGAACCCGCCGGGACAGGCCUACAGGCUGUCGGGAGUCUACGUGGACACAAGCCGGAGUUCUGUGGGGAGUCUGUUCCUCAAGGAGACGGACUUGAAGUCGGAGGGCCUCUACGCCUGCGAGGUGUCGGCUGACGCGCCUUCCUUCCAGACUGUGCGUUCCGAAAAGGAGCUCAAAGUAUACGUGCUACCCAAGAAAGGCCCCGAAAUACGCGGCACAAAGCCUCACUACAGGGUUGGGGACUUGGUCAACGUGACAUGCCACGCGGGAGCAACAAAGCCACCGGCGGUGCUCACGUGGUACAUUAACGGUGAAGAGGUUCCCCCGCAGUACGAGAAGAUGUAUCCCAUCUUCCGUGACCGGGAUCAGCUGUACCACUCUUCCCUGGGAAUCACCUUUACGGCCGAGCCACGCCACUUCAGCUACGGCAUUAUGAAACUCAAGUGCACUGCUACAGUGUCUGAAGCUUACUCACUGUCUAGCGAGGAGAUCGUCGCAGCUGAAGAUGCCAAAAGCACAGGCACAGACGACGACAAGCCUUCUAUAACAGGUGGGCAGGCGAGCUACCACGUGGGCGACCUUGUGAACGUCACCUGCAGUUAUUCGCGUUACGGGCGUCCCGUCGACCUACAGUGGCACCUGAACGAUAAAGAGGUGUCGAAUCGGUACCUGGUCCACUACCCGAUGCAACGGCUCGACUCCGGCCGCCAGGUGACGUCGCUGGGCCUCCGGUUCACGGUGAGGCCGAGCCACUUCAUGCACGACGAGAUGCGCAUCAAGUGCACGGCCACGCUUCAGAACGGCGGGAGGGGCCCGCCGUCCACGUCGUCCUCGUCACCGGGCGACGCGUACUCCGAAAAGGAGUUUGUGCUGGGCAGCAGCCAUCGGUCGUCGGGGCUCCACGUCCCUGGACACUACGGCGCCGUUGCUGACUCGAACACUUCAUCGCGGCCAGUCUCUCUCUCCAUCCUCCUGCGAGGCUCGGCGAUCGCGUUCGUCGUCAUGUGUGUUGUUCGAUGAGCAGCGUGGAUCGAUCGUGACUGGGAAUUUCUGCGGUGUCGUUCGCGCGCCUCCUGUAACACCCUUUGACUCAGUUUGGUUGUCGUCUACGAUAAUGAAGUAUCAGCGCCCUGCUUUUUUUUCUUUCUUCACCUGCCGACUUCAUUUGUGCCGUUCUUUUGGGACUGAGCAAUGAUGUACAUAAUUCAGUGCCUUUCAUUCACGUCCUAACUCAGAUUGUUGACAAAGAGAGGAUAUGCUAUGCGGUUGUCACACCGCUCAUGUUUGUGUGUGAGUGCAUGCGUGUGUAUGAACAAGGCGUGAUGAAUGGAUUGAGCGGAAACAGUUACGUAUGAACAACGUGGUCGCAUAGGCUUAAGAAGACUGUACAUUACCAGUGUACUGACUUAUAGAAGGCGGUGUCGUUGACUUGAACAGACAGAUAUAUUUGAUGCUCGGUCGCGCGCGUUUGGUAGUGUGGUGUCUCAAGGUUUCAAAACUAGUCCUUUUAUUUGAGUUGUUCUGCGUGUUUUCUCUUUUGGAAGCAUGUGAGCACAAUGCACUAUACUGGAAAGAAGAGCAGGGUCCAUAUUCGCAAGAAUUAUUACACUUGAAGUGCUUGUAAAAGCUUUGUGAGUUUGGCCCCAGCUCCUGUUUAAUCCUGUACAUAGCAGUGUUUCCAAUGUGUCUCUUCGCUAUAAUAUUAUUAUAUUGCAGAUGUGACAGAUGGCAUGCGGCGAAAUUUAUCAGUAAGGUUCAGAUGAAACAAACUUCACUUAUUGUGUGAAUGAACACAAAGCUAAUUAAAAACGUAAGAUGCGGUUCUUUUGUUAAAGAAUUCAGUCAACAAACAAACUUUUCAUGUCAAAGAGGUGUGAUUACUCGCCUGUGUGUUUCUUACUGGAAUGUUGUAAAGAUUAGUGUACAGAGACCAACUUCCUUCCUUUGAAAGACUUUCGGCGAAGAAGUACGUCUGAGUGUCAUGAGAUGCUAUAAAUCACAGGCAAAACAUCCAUGCUGUUUGUAUAACCAGUUCACAAUUUCGCAACAAUUUAUCUUGGAGAUUCCAGAAAAAAGUCCAAGAACAAGGCGUGUAUGUGCCGAUGGGUGUGCAGUGUAUUUUUGUGUGUCUGUUUCCUUUGUGUCCUAAGACGCCAAAUACGCAUUCCUGCUUUAAUUAGCCCUCCAAAUUUUUUUUCACUUGCAGUAGUGGCGCUUGCUGCUUUUCGCACUUGGAUCACGUAUUUAUUAAUCAGAUUCGUCCUGCAUACGUUUCUUAAAGGGAGGCAUUGUACCCUUAUAGCAUUGACUUGUAAACCAGCGCCCUAAGCUACGCGAAAUAAAUUUCAUACACAGGGAGCUAGAAACAGUCGCGCUUGUGCGCGUUUAUAAACGGUCAUAUCGAUGCCUACUGGAUCAGUGUGUAAUAUAAACAGAGUAAUAAUAAGAACGGCGCAUAAAUACAUAUUUCAUAGGGGCCCGUGAACAGGUGAUUCUACUGAUCCAUCUAUUGGUUGUGUGUCCGUAUGAUAUUUAUUGUUUCUUCACAUUCAAAUAUUUGUAAAUAAAUGUUUCCAAGGCGUCUAUCCUGGGACGCGCAUGACGGGGACGAAACAUAGAUGUGGAAUUAAUAGCCAACAUAACGAUGGCCUUAGGAACAGCGUUGAUGCAUAUCAACGAUUGCUAAAAAUGAAACAAUUCAAACCCUGCUUACAGAUCCCUCAGUACAUUAUAUACAUGCGAAUAAAUCAUCAUGGUUACCUAGGCCUGACCAAUAUCUGCUCAUCAUGAAACCUCGAGCAGCCUGUAUCAAAAUGGCGUUUCUAGCAAGACGUUUCUAUGUGCAUUUCUGUUGAGAGCAGCUAUCUUGAAUCAUUAAAAAAAGGUAUAGAUUUCCAAAGAACACACAGCUAGUGUGUCAGUACAGACAGGUCAACCAUGUGUCCAAGGCAAUCCGACUAGUGCGAUAACGCAAACGUUAUCGAUAGUAUAAUAUUAAAUCUAAUCGGAGUUCUUCGCCAUAGCUUUCUUCAAUUUUCAGUUGAUAUGCAAUGUCGCUGAGGGUCACGAGCAUUAAGCCUGAUACCGGCAUGCUCUGACUGGGUUCAGUUCUGCUAUCAGCAUUUAAAUAUUUUAACUACAAACAGACGUAACUGAAAAAGUACUUAGUUGAACCUAUUUUAAAAAAAUAGCGCUAUAAAGGACUAGAGUUUGAGAGCUUCGUUCAAAGUAACGUCGCUAAACAAGUGCAGAAAAUCAAAAUGCAUAGGUCAGCGUCUAGCUCAGCAGUCUCGUCACUAGUCGGAGCAUCGGCCUGCCAAGCAAGCCUUGCAGGUGCUAAUUUGGGAGUGGCGUCCUCACUCCUACGGGUUGAACAGUGUGACGUUAUCAAUUGACGGUGCUUGUUCGCGGAUCCAAAAGAUGUGUAAAAGCUUCCCGCUCGUGGUCAUGUGUUAAACGACUCUCACCUGUGGACGUACAUAUCUGAUAAGCUACACACAUUAGUAUGUCAUGUCCGAAUGCCAGACUGAAACCACCUUACAGUGGCGUUUGUAUAUACACGCACACCUGUAAAUACACUUUCGCUCAUCGCUGAGUAUAGUAGUGACGUUACGAGUGGUAAUUAUUGCCUGUUAGCGUCCAUUAAAUGUUUGAUAGCUUUUGUCCCUUUUGGUAUGACUGUCCGGAUAUUUCGAGCCGAAAUAAACCAGAAUCGUUGCCAAAGUGACGGAACCCUUGGCCGUAUAAUGUAAAUAUUCUAUUCAAAUGUCAUUAUUUUUGGCCCUGGCUAGCAUGACGUCCCACCUUCGUUAUCGCCGGUAUUGCAACUCACUAUGAAGCGUGAUAAAAAUUUAAUAGAAGGAAAAAAAUCUUACAAAAUACGGCCCCUACUUACCCUACCGAAGAAAUGCUAGGUGCUGUAAAAGUGUCAUGGAACAAUAUCAUGUAUCAUAUGGGGUAAUUGAGGUUAAUCAUACAAAACCCUACAUAUAGGGUAUUAUAUUAGUAGGAAU